AUGACGGAGGGCGGGUUCCACUUCGUCCCGUUGGAGGAGGACGCAUCCAUCCCCCGGCGGGAGAGGGCGACCUCGAUCCCCGAGCUGCUCCUCCUCGGAGGCCUCAACAGGGAGAACCUCGGGGAGAGGCUCCACUUCGUCCGUUCGCUGGGCGCGAGGAUCCUCGCCGUCCGGGAUCGGCUGGGGAUCAGGGACGCGUUCGCCUCGCAGAUCGUCGCGUUCGACGGUUCAGUGAUCAGCAUGGUCAUCGAAUUCGGCUUGACAGGGGGAGGAAUCUUAUCAUACCGAUCCUUUCCGGGCCGAAGGGCAACAUACACGAUCAUUCUUCCCUGCCCCACCAGCUUCACCUGCGGGCAUAUAAACAAACUCGCCUGCGAAUCGUACAACGGGCACAAGACGAAGGACGCGGAUCGGCCCGCAUCGACUCGCUUCGAAAGGGGCGACAAGGUGGUCUGCCGCAGGAACAACGCCGUCGGCGUGCCCGAGGCCGAGGCCGCUUCGCGAUGCAGACACGAAAUCGGGCGGAAGACGGUGCAAUUCACUAAUGGAUCCCUCUUCAAAAUUUCCCAAAAGAGCAUCAGCAAGGACGGGCAGAAGUGCUACGAACUGGACGAUCUGAGCGGACGGCAGUUUCUGGUGAACGCGGAGGAAUUUCGGAGAGCGACCAGGCUGCAACACGGAUACGCCCUCGGCUUGCACGCGUUCCAGGUCCCUCCAGUCCCCGAGUCUCUUCGUUCUCUUCGUCUUCGAUCUGAUCGGACCGGCUCGGAGGCGGAGAACGUCCUGUGCGUGAUGGCCUUCGACGAGGAGCACCAGACCAGCCAGACGCUUUACACGGCCGUGACCAGGGCCAAGAAGAACGUCUUCUUCGUCGCGACCCCCUCGCCGUCGAGACACGACCCUGAUGGAAAGGCUCGCCUCGUUCCCGCCCGUGAAGACGUCACCCCUUCGAAACGAGGUCAUUCUGGGUCGGGGAGACUUGGCAGAGACCCCGAUCGGGAGGGGAAUGGCUUCUUGAUGCAGGCAUCAGAAGUGGCUGGGCAUGCCAAUGAAUAUCUUGCAAAUGUUUUUGUCCACGACAUCGAUCAGAAGCAAAAAUUUGAGACUGUCGUGACGGGCAUCAGCACGUGGAACAAUAGCGUCGUGCUGGAGGAAGUCGAGCAUUUUCUUCCAACGGACGUGAGGUUACCAGAAAACGACGAGGAAGCUGUCUUGCCUGAAAUGUUAUCGGGUCGUGAACUUGUCGAUGGUUUGGGCUUCGAGGCGGUGACCAAAGGAUGUGAGGGGGAGGAGGCGACUCCUCCCCUUCACCUCCCACCUCCAAGAGACUUCCUCCUUAACCUGGACGGAGGAGUAGAAAUGUUCGACCGCCAAUGA